UUCAAGUACCGGCACGGUUUGUUUCUCCCCGUGUGUCAUAUCUACCUUCUUAAUGCGAUUUAGUCGUCCUUUGUUUAAUCAAUCAAUUUGUUUGAGCCUAGAUGCUUUGACAAACUUGCCCUUCUGUGAUCUUCGAGUAAAAUGCAUCACGAUUUAGUAUUUCAAUUUGCUGCUUGGCGGAAUACAACUUAACGGAUGUGAUAAUUGAAACGAAAUAUUAGAAAGAACCCCCCCCCCCCCAAAAAAAAAAACCAAAAAAAAAAAAACAACCACGGUUCUACAAAUGAUGGCAUUGUCCAAGUGGGGUUCGACCUUAACAAUCCCAAUAGAGAGGAAACAAUAAAAAUAUUCUUGGAUAGAAAAUUAAAAUCGAAAGAAAACAGUUGAUUAUCAGCGCUCUAAACCUCGACAUUGUUGACAGUACCGAUACAGAUGUGUGCCAGAAAUGUUUUAGGUUGGUACAGAAGAUUAAAGAUUCCUUAGAGCUAAAACACAGGGUGAAAAGUGAUUUCUUUAUUGGUAUCAAUACUAGUAAUUGGUAAAGAAGAAACUUUAAUUCCAAAUACUACUUCAUCAGCCAUCUUGACAAAUAUCGUACCCAUCGCUAUUCAUACAUGGAUCGUAAUUGACAAUUUACCAAAUUUGGUUCUAUUUUAUAUCGUACGCUUUGGUGUUUGUGUGAACCGAAUACAUUAGGCAUUAUUGCGAAAGUUUUCAAAAUCCUUAUGCGAGCACAUACAGUUUUAUAGUGUGGAAUAAACUUCGUGAGAGAGAGAUUACUGUACUAUGUUUAUGAAUUAACUGGGGCGUCAUUAUCUGUAUAGUACAAUCUGAUUGGUUGAUACUUCUCAUAAAUAUUCCAAACGAAGGUCAUGCCAACGUAACCCUUUAUUGGGUUACUUCAGAUCUACGCGAGCAGAUCGAAGGAUAUGAUUUUAAUCAGAUUGGUCGGCAGGGAAUACUUACUCCUCCUAGGCAUAUGGUCCACCUCUGGUAUGUCCAGGGGUCCAUGUUUGCUCUACUCGUAAUCUUGUUUUCUUUAUAGAAGUUAUGAGAUUGAUCACUGUUUGUUAUCUUGACCUCUUCAAGAGUCCACAAUACAUAUGAUGAAAUACCCAUGGUACAUUCUCUUUUCACUGAAAUAAUAAGAAAAGAAAUUACUGUUUGCUUCACGAGGAUAGUCAUGUUGUGAUGUGUAUUUAUACUUUCAUUUGUUUUUCCUCUAAAAGUUGUAUCGUUUCUAUUUCCGGUCUGUAUAUCUAUUUUCAUCCUUGGUUCGCGUUUGUUACAAUGAAAAGCCGUUUGUAGGCUUUUAUACAAUAAAUGUUCGGGAAGACUUUAACACCAUGGAACUUUGGGAAUCUGAUAAGGAAGUAGAUGAAAAUCAAUUCAAUUCAUGAGAAAAAAAUGUAAGCACAUUUGCGGUGACUACUUUUCGCGUUUUCUUUGAGCAACACUUUAAUGAUGGCACAAUUUGUUGACGAGAAUUACUGGAUGCAACGUGCUGAGGAAGAGGCAAAGGAAAAUCGAAUGUUAAAACACCAGCACGGAGCAGGCGCAUGCGUUAUGUUUGCUCUAGAUACUUCAUCAAGUAUGCAAGGAACCGCAUUUGAACAGAUGAAGAAGGUCUUUACUGACAUUAUAGAUGAGUACGCUCGAGGUCCAAUGGAUGAAAACGUGGCUGUUGUAACGUUUGGAGAGGACAUCAAGUUCGUUCAUUACUACUCCAAUAACUACCGGUCAAUCAGAAAGUGUCUAGAUGAUGUCGAAUGUAAAGGAGCAUCCCCUAUUGAGGCAGCAAUCAAAAUGUGUUUGUCUGGUUUAUGUCUCGGUGGAGGCCACACGGCAUCAAUUGGAAUGUUUGAACUUAGGGCAAAGCUGAUCUUGAUCACGGAUGGCAAACCUACGUCUUCUAACAUGAUAGGGGAAGUGGAGGAUAAAGACAUCAUGGAUCCAGUAGAGACACGAAAAUCACUGAUGAACUUUGUUGGAAACGUCGGACGACACACAGCUUUAAAUUGCAUCCCGGUCGGUGAAGACCCUGACUUUUGUCUGCUUGGAUCAAUUUCAUAUUCAUCUAGAGGAGGUAGACUUAUACAACCAGAGGCAGCCGUUCAGUAUGGCAGAUACCACUUUAACAUGAAAAUUGCUGAUGAAAUUCUGAGCUUAGGGAUCAUGCCAACAAAGUGCUCUCGUGACCAUUUAGAAUUAACGAUGCAUUCCGUUGGGAUAAAAAGUAUUUCCACUGAUGAAGACUUGGAUGAUAUUUUAGAAAUGAUAAACGAGAGAGAAGCUUUCAAACCCCUAACAUACAGUGAUGGUGAGGACGAUGACGAAGGAGAAAAUUGUGAAUAUAACUCACAAAUGCCCCCGGUAGGGACGAGGGUUCGGCGCGGGCCAGACUGGCGUUGGGGGAAUCAAGACCAAUAUGGGCCAGGAACUGUUGUUUCCCAUUCUGAAAGAUUCGGUUGGUUACGCGUUGUAUGGGAUGCAGGAGCAAGUUUUCCAUACAGAUAUGGGAGAAAUUCAUCAGGACAUCUUGAGUUCUUCGACUUGAUUGAAUGUGAUGAACCACGAGUACUAAACAACGAACUCAUAGCUGAAGGGUGCCUUGUUGAAAGAGGCGCAGACUGGCAGUGGGAGGAACAAGAUGGCGGGCGGGGAAACAUUGGAGUGGUUUACAAAGUCAAAUACAACGCUGUUGUUUACGUGCGAUGGCCAAAUGCAAACAAGAGCAAUUACAGGUUUGGGUACGAAGGAAAAUUUGAUGUUCGACUCUGUGAUCCAUAUGAUCCCAACGUGGUGAAGAGAUUAAAACAGCAACGGGAAGCAGGAGAUAAAAGAGACUCAUCUGAUGAUACCAACAACAUAACAAAGGUGACGGGGGAGUCCAAAGAUGAGGGAACUACACGUAUGAAUAUUUCUGCUAAAAUUCCAGUUUUGAAUGAGAAAUAUGCAGGUAUAGACAACCGCAGUCCUCUGUCGAAAAACUCUGACUCAAGUGAAAACGACGUUUCUUGGGAACUUGAAGCCGAUAAAUCAUGUACUGCUAUUUGGCAAUUCAAGGAUGAAGAUGGCCAAUGGAAAAAUUUUCCAAAGAAAAUGAAUCAGAAGAUUGAUACGAACUACCGGAAGAAUAAAAGAGCAACGGUUCUGGUUAACAUUAAGGAUUCCUGGUUUAGGAUUGUAUUAUCAAAGAUGCAGAUGAUAGAUAUAAAAACGAGAGAAACCACUGAUAUUAGAUAUCUUGAAGACUGAAGUUACAAAGAUAUCCAUGUAUGCAUCGUCAGUUUUCGGAUAAAUAGACAAUGAAAGUUUUCUGUAUCGGUAUUGAUAUUUUUUAACAUAUAUGCAUACUAUGUUUCUAUCUUAUUACAAAUGAAAUUCUUUCAAAAUGUGGAUAAUUUUCUGAAUUAUAUGGAUGUAAAUGCAGUUGGACAUAUAAAAUAUACCUAU